GCUCAGAGGAGCUGCAGGGAGUGCGGGAGUCGCUUGUACUGGGAUUGGGAAUCGGCAUCUGAUUAAUACAACAGCCCAGGACCCAAAUCUAAUAUUUCCACUGCCUUCUGGGACCAGGAUCCUCCUCUAAUCAGCAGCCUGAGAUCUGCACUUACCUGGGAACUCACAAGCUCCAGCUGGAAACGCAGAACCUGAGACACUGACAAAAUGGCGACCAGCGGCUGCAUGAAAGUCACCAAGUACUUCCUGUUCCUGUUCAACCUCCUGUUCUUUAUUCUUGGUGCCGUGAUCCUUGGAUUUGGAAUAUGGAUCCUCGUGGACAAAACCAGCUUUAUUUCAAUCCUGCAGACCUCCUCUUGGUACCUGAGAACAGGCUCCUACAUUCUCAUCGCUGUUGGGGGUUUAACAAUGGUGAUGGGAUUCCUGGGCUGCUUGGGAGCAGUGAAUGAGAUCCGCUGCCUGUUGGGCCUGUAUUUCACCUUCGUGCUCAUUAUCCUGAUCGCUCAAGUUGCAGCUGGAAUUCUGAUUUACCUACAGCGAGAUGCACUAAAGUCCGAGAUGUCCUCCAUCAUCCAUAAACUGAUUGUCACAUAUGACUAUGAAGAUGGAAAGAACACGAGCUCCGAGACCACCUGGGAUUAUAUCCAGAGAAAUCUCCAGUGCUGCGGUUGGACCAGCUAUCAUAACUGGACUGAGAACGCCCUGCUUAAAAACUCCACCAAUGAGUAUCCUUGUUCCUGUAUGACCAACCAGACUUCUUCCAACGGCUUCUGCGAGUACAAAGGUUCCUUGGACUCGGCCGUGUACAAAGCGGGCUGCAUUCAGGGAGUGGAGAGUUGGCUGCAGGAUAAUCUUGGCAUCAUUCUGGGAGUCUGCGUUGGAGUCGCAGUCAUUGAGCUCCUGGGUCUCAUCCUUUCCAUGUGCCUGUGCCGCAGCAUUCAAAGCGAAGACUACACCAAGGUCCCCAAAUACUGAGAAUAAACUGCACCCCUGUAACCCCAACUGCUGAUGGAAGGGGGAGAGGAAGAGUAUCGCCAACUCCCUGAGACCCUUCCAAAUUCUCUCCCAAAAAAGCCACCGUGUAUAUAGACGCCCCCACCACAAGGACUAAGUUAAUAGACAAAUGUUAUUAUUUUUUACCCCCUUUACUAGGUAUUUUGGAUCCGUUGCACCAACCCCCCCCAUCUAGGCAGUUAGGAGAAUAAAGGCAAAGUAGCAAGUAGUAUUUCUUUUUUGGGGUGCAAGGGGGAACGAUGUAUAAAUAUAUAUAUAAAUAUGUGAUAUAGGGAGGAACGGACCAGAUCCUUACUGAAUAGAAACUUUUAUUUCUGUAAAAAAA